AUUAUGAAGGAUCUGAUAUGGAGGCAGAGGAUGAAGAUCAACAGCUUGCACGAGCGAUGCAUAUUUCAAGGGAGGAAGCAAAAGAAAAACAAUGGAUAGCAGAACAGCUGAGAAGAAGUCAAUCUGUAGGACCUAGGCGUGGUGGCCCGAUGAUUUAUGAACAAGGUUCUGGCUCUAGAAGUCGUCCAAGUGUAGAUAUUGGAGGCACUGUGAAGGGCAUGUUUGACAAAUUUACCUCCAGUGGUAAAAGUAAGGGGAAAAGGAGCCCAGAAAUUAGAGAUAUGAGAGAUGCACCAUAUAAACAUCAUGAUGAAGGGCAACAAAGGAUUGAAGAGGCUUUCCAACCAAAAACAUUGAGUAAGAAAAUUGGGAAAGCAAUCUCUAGGUGGUUCCACAGUUCUAUGAUUCCACCUCACAAAGCUAAAGAUCCGUACUUCAAGGCUAUGGUCAAGGAGAUUCAGACAUGUGGGAAAAAUGUGAAGCCACCCACACCCCAUGAAAUUGCAAGGCCAUACUUAGAUACUAUUGUGAAAGAGGUGGAUGAAUACAUUGAAGAGUUUAAAUACAAGUGGCCUGAAUAUGGAGUGACCAUCAUGUGUGAUGGAUGGAGUGGACCGGCGAGGAUGUCCAUCAUCAAUUUUCUGAUAUAUUGUGAUGGGAAAACAAUAUUCCAUAAGUCUUUCAACGCAUCCUCAGAUAUCAAGGACUCAAUGUAUUUGUUUAAAUUAAUGGAUGAAGUUGUUCAGGAAGUUGGGCCAGAUUAUGUUGUCCAGGUUGUGACUGAUAAUGCCUCCAAUUUCAAAAAGGUUGGUACUUUACUUAUGGUGAAGUAUCCCACCUUAUACUGGACACCUUGUGCAGCCCAUUGUAUUGAUUUGAUGUUCAAGGACAUUGGUGAAAUGAACAAAGUGCAGACAUUGGUUUCUGAUGCCAAGAUGAUCACCAAUUUCAUCUACAAUCAUAGCUGGGUGUUGGCAUUGAUGAGAAAGUACACAAAAGGUGACUUGGUGAGGCCCGCAGCAACAAGGUUUGCAACAAAUUAUAUUGCACUUGAUAGUAUUAAAAAACGGAAGGAAGGGCUAGUUAAGUCAUUCACCUCUAAUGAGUGGUUCAGUAGUAGAUAUGCAACCACUGAAAUUGGAAAAACUAUUCAAGAUCUAAUCACCUCAACAAAGUUUUGAGAAAGGAUAUACCGAUUUACUAAGAUUAUGCAACCACUAUUUGUGAUACUUAGAGUAGGUGAUGGUGAUAAGGCACAGACGAUGGGAAAUAUAGUGCAUUGUAUGGAAGUUGUCAAACAAAAGAUAGAAGAGGAGAACCCAAAGUCAUUUAAGGCAUUUUUGAAGAUUAUAAAUCGUCGAUGGGAAAAUAAUUUGGUUCAAGACCUUCAUCGGGCAGCCUAUUAUUUGAAUCCGGAUCUGCACUACAAGAACAAUUUAAGGUUUAGGAAAUAUUUGAUGGAAUCUUUGAAGGAUGUUAUCAACAAGUUAGCUCCUAAUAUUGAUUCGGCCAAAGAUGCAAUUGAAGAGGUUAGUAGUCUACUAAACUUACAUAUUGAAUCAUUGAUUAAUAUUUAAUACAUUGAGUGGCAUAUUAAUAUGUUAAUACAUGUAUAGGUGAAGUACUUCCGAGAGGCCACUCAAAAGUUUGCUGAUCAUUUAGCUAUCCGUGCUAGAGGAACACAACGCCCUGGUAAUUUAGGCUUAAUCAGCUAUCCUUGUAUUUCAAAUUUAUUUCAAACUCCUAAUGUUGCAAUUAUCUUUGUACAGCUGAUUGGUGGAUGAACUAUGGAUGGAGCGCUCCAAGC